UUUUUUUUGGCAGUGAGGGCGCAAGCGCGGUGAUUCAACAACGCGCUGUCGACAAUACACGUCAAUUAUAUGACAUCGAAACAUCAGGCAUGGCUGAAGAAAGCAGCAACGAAUACACGCCUCGUGACUUAAGCAUGAAGGGCAAAGGCACAACAUGUACAAGCCGUGGCGGUACCCAGGACGCUUCAUCUACUUUGGGCGCCUACAGCAGUAUUUCCGACGAGGCCUUGCGUUACCAGAGGAACACGCUGCACACGCUCACGACAGACGAAAUUUGCAACGUCGACGGUGUCACUGACAAUGGCAGCAUGAGUUGCCAGCCCCUGGAGUCCAUCAAUGGCAUUGAUAACUCAAGGCCCAGCACAAGCCACGCUAGCAUGGAGGAAGCAUCAGCCAAUUCCGAAGACGGCGCCACGAAUGCUCCCGGAACCAGAGGAAGGGAAUAGCGAGAGCUUUGUGGUGCAUGUGGCAAUGUUUGGAGCAGAUGGGACGCCUUACACG